GCCAGACCUGCUCCUGCUGCUGCUCAGGUAACUCAUCUCUGACUGGCACCGUGAGGGAAAAAAGGGAGAGCACCUGGGGAAACCCUUUCUGACCACUGAGAAGAUGAUGAGCUCAAGCUAUUGGAGCGAGACCAGCAGCAGCAGUUGUGGGACCCAGCAGCCCACAGAAGUGCUGCAGUGCCAGCCUCAGCAUUACCACUGUUACCAUCAGUCCAGUCAAGCCCAGCAGCCUCCAGAAAAAAAUGUAGUGUAUGAGCGAGUGAGGACCUACAGCGGGCCUAUGAAUAAGGUGGUGCAGGCCUUGGACCCCCUCGGCUCACGGGAAGUGCUCUCCCCCCUCAAAACUGCCUCCUCCUACCAAAAUUUGGUUUGGAGCGACCAUUCGCAGGAGCUCCAUUCUCCAACUCUGAAAAUAUCUACUUGUGCACCAAGUACUCUACAUAUAACACAAAAUGCUGAACAGGAACUCCAUUCUCCAACAGUGAAAGUUACUACAUAUCCACAAACUACCAUUAGGAGAUACAUAGUACAAAACCCUGACCAGGAACCAUUGUCUCCUUUCCUAAGAGGCAGUCACUUCUUCCCAGGGAACAAUGUAAUUUAUGAAAAAACAAUAAGAAAAGUGGAGAAGUUAAAUACAGAUCAGGAAUGUUAUCCUCAAAUUCAAUGCCAUCAUCAUGUCGUCCAGCAACCCCAGAUCAUCCACUCUCCACAAUGUCAACAGUCCCAUUCUAGCCAUCAAAUCCAAUGCAUCACAGAAAAUGACCCAAAUAUUGGGCAUGAACUCUGCCACAGUGGGCCAAGCCAGAUACAUGAACAGGUGAUAAUUCAGGAUGAUGGCCCUGAAAAAUUGGACCCCAAAUAUUUUGGAGAGUUGCUUGCUGACCUAAGCCGCAAGAAUACAGACCUAUAUCACUGCUUAUUAGAACAUUUGGAGAGAAUUGGAGGAAGCAAACAAGACUUUGAGUCUUCAGAUGCAUCAGAAGACAUUGAGUCAUUGAUUCCUAAAGGGCUGUCAGAGUUUACAAAACAGCAAAUUCGUUAUAUUCUGCAGAUGAGGGGUAUGUCAGAUAAGUCACUGAGACUAGUGCUGUCCACGUUUAGCAACAUACGGGAAGAACUUGGACAUCUUCAAAAUGACUUGACAUCACUGGAAAAUGACAAGAUAAGACUUGAAAAGGACUUGGCAUUCAAAGAAAAUCAAAUAAAAGAGUAUGAAGAACUCUUGGCAUCAGUGAGAGCAAAUAAUCGCCAACAGCAACAAGGACUUCAAGACUCAAGCUCAAAAUGUCAGACACUGGAAGAAAAUAACCUUUCUCUUCGACAUACACUAUCAGACAUGGAAUAUAGACUAAAAGAACUUGAAUAUUGUAAACGUAAUUUAGAGCAAGAGAAUAAAAACCUUCGAAUACAGGUAUCUGAGACUUGCACAGGCCCGAUACUACAAGCUAAAAUGGAUGAGAUUGGCAACCAUUAUAUGGAGAUGGUAAAAAACUUGAGACUUGAGAAAGACAGAGAAAUUGGCAAGCUAAGGUCUCAAUUAAACCAGUACCAAAAAGAUGUUUCAAAAAGAGAAGGAAAUUGUAGUGACUUCCAAUUUAAGCUUCAUGAACUGACAAGCUUGCUGGAAGAGAAGGAUUCUCUUAUAAAGCGUCAAUCAGAGGAACUCUCAAAGUUGAGACAGGAAAUAUAUGCAUCCCAUAACCAACCAUCCAGUAGUGGAAGGACUACAAUCACCACAAAAAAGUACAGGACACAAUAUCCAAUCCUAGGUCUCCUGUAUGAUGACUAUGAAUAUAUACCACCAGGAAGUGACACACAGACUAUUGUGAUUGAGAAAACCGAAGACAAAUGGACUUGUGUAAGUUUAUUUGGGCAUUUCUAG